AUGGCUAACAACGUGACCGCUACCAGAGAAGCUACAAGGCGUACUCACACUUACAGUUUCCAUCGCGAAGGCUUGAUUCAGUUGGGGCAGUUGGGUGGAUUGAUCACUGGUCAUAAUAAAACUGUGUUCACUGAGAAUUAUGGAAACAUCUUGACUCUUUUGGACUCACACGUCGACGAAUGGGAGAAACCUGAUUUGGACAACAUUGCCAACGCUCUUUAUUUGAGCAUAGAAGACGUUCUUGGGAAUUGGAAGAAGAAUGGUAACACUCAUGGUUUCUAUAUGAGUUUCUUGGUUGAGAAGGCCCAAGAAUUGGCCGACAAAAAGGUGUGGGAAGCUUUCAACGCCCUUCUGGCCGUUUUGAUUUAUGGGAUCGUGAUGUUCCCUAACAUUCACAAGUUCGUUGAUCUGGCCGCUAUAUGUCUUUUCGUGGAUAAGAAUCCGAUCCCUACUUUGCUAGCCGAUACGUACUAUUCCAUUCACUUUCGAUAUGGGAAAGGAGGAGCCAUAAGAAAUUGUUUGCCGUUGUUAUACACCUGGUUUAAGUCCCACCUACCUACAAGUGGUCCUUUCAUUACUUCUACUCAGAAAUGGCCUCAAAGGAUCAUGGGGCUUACUGGAAAUGACAUUGUCUGGUGUCCCACUGGAAUGGACGUGGAGAAAGUUAUAACUAGUUGUGACAAGCCUUUGGACAAAGAGAUAUUCGAAUCCGUUUGCUUUGAAAAGGGAACCAAUCCAAAGGGUCUAGAAAAAGUGAAGAGUGCCUGGAAUAGCAUCCAUACAGAUGAUCAGAUUUCUCUAGGUGAAAAGAAUGCCGUUGCCAAACAAGCCUACACAGAUUGGGUUGAAAAUAGAGUUAAAGAUCGCCUGUUGCCUUUCCCGAAGGUUAACCCAUUAUACGAGCAACCACCUAAGAUUCCAAUUGCCACUGUGCCUGCUGAGAAUCGUAUUCAGGUAGAUAUGGAAUGCACCCAAUUGCACGAAAAGAAGUCGGAUGCGCAACCGAAACAUUGUCUUAUAGACCAGAAAAGAGUUGAGUUGACACACGAAGCCAAAAUGCUGAAGGGAGGAUCUUCCAGAGUUCAAAAGAGGGCUAGAACGGAAAAAGGAGUCAAGUAUGUCUCAGGAAUUCGUGAUCAGUUGCUUCCUUCUUUAGGGAUUAAUGAACUCAUUCUCGUUAUGGAGGACUAG